AUUUGUCCGCCGGCCACUCAAAUCUCCUGAAAUGAAGAGCUGCACACGCACUUUACUCCGGAGGCAUGAGUACAACAUUCGAAAUUAUAUGUCAUUAGCUAAAAGCACGGAUGCGUACGAUGUUUGUGUCAUUGGUGGCGGACAUGCCGGUUGCGAAGCAGCUGCAGGUGCGGCAAGAACUGGAGCAAGGACAAUACUACUUACACAGAAGCUGGACAACAUUGGAGAGCUGUCCUGCAAUCCGUCCAUGGGCGGUGUAGGCAAAGGAACGCUGGUUCGCGAGGUCGAUGCACUGGACGGCCUAUGCGGCCGGGUAGCGGACAACGGCGGAAUCCAAUUUCACAUGUUGAAUCGUUCAAAAGGAGCUGCAGUCUGGGGUCCCAGAGCUCAAAUUGAUAGGAAAUUGUACAAAAAGCACAUGCAAGAAGCCCUUCAUAACUAUCCUAAUUUAGACGUACGUGCAGCGAGUGUAUUCGACCUCGUACUGCAUCACUCGCCCAGUGCCGUUGCUGACGGUCAGAUGGGCCCUGCAGUCGAAGGCGUACAACUAGACUCGGGCGAGAUUAUUCGAUGCUCCCAAGUCGUCAUCUGCACGGGCACGUUCCUCUCUGGAGAGAUUCACAUCGGAAUGAAACGCUUUCCAGCAGGAAGGAUGAACGAAGCGCCAUCCGUGGGUCUCUCCGCUUCUCUCCGCAAUGCAGGGUUCAAACUUGGUCGACUGCAAACGGGGACGCCUGCGAGGCUGUACAAGGACAGUAUCAACUUCGAUAAUCUCUCACAGCAACCAGGAGAUGUUGUACCUACUCCUUUCAGCUACAUGAAUAAUAGCGUGGCGAACGCAAACAACCAGGUCGUCUGCUAUCAGACUUACACAACUACUGCUACACAUCAGAUCGUCCGAGACAAUUUGCACCGUAGCGUCCAUAUACAGGAGACCAAGAAAGGUCCUCGGUACUGUCCCUCGUUAGAGGCGAAAAUAUUGCGCUUUCCCCAGAAAGAGCAUCAUACGGUCUGGUUAGAGCCAGAAGGCUACGAUUCCGAGCUGAUAUAUCCGAAUGGGCUGUCAUGCAGCAUGCCUGAGGAUGCUCAGGAAGCGCUUUAUCGCUCUGUGCCGGGACUGGAGAACGUGAAGCUAGCGCGGCCAGCAUAUGGUGUCGAAUAUGAUUUCGUCGAUCCCAGGGAGCUAAGACCUACGCUGGAGACGAAACGUAUCAAGGGCCUGUUUCUCGCAGGUCAAAUAAACGGGACGACCGGUUACGAAGAGGCUGCUGCGCAAGGCAUCGUUGCGGGCAUAAACGCUGGCUUGUCCGCACUCGAUCGCCCUCCAUUUGUUGUCUCUCGCGCAGACGGAUACGUCGGUGUCAUGAUUGAUGACCUCAUUGUUAAAGGGGCGGAAGAGCCAUAUCGCAUGUUCACGUCGCGCUCCGAGUACCGCAUGACUAUCAGGAGCGACAAUGCCGACAUCCGUCUCACUGAGAAGGGACGGCAGAUCGGUGCGGUGUCGAAUGAGCGGUGGUCGGCGUUCGUCGCAACCCGCAAUGAGCUCGAGCGGGUUACGAACCUGAUGAGGUCGUGCAUGUACAGUCCUCACAGGUGGCAAGCACUGGGCUUUGAGGUCUCGAGCGACGGGAACUGGCGAAGCGCGUACGACAUGCUCCGGCAUCGUAACAAUGAUAUCCAUGAUCUCAUACCUGUCGUACCGGAACUUGCCUCUGUUGAGCCACUGAUCCUGAAUCGAGUCGUGAUCGAGGCUCUCUACGAGACUCACCUUCGCCGCCAAGAAGCAGACCUGCGGAUCUUUAUGGAAGAUGAAACACUCACUCUUGACCCACGACUCGACUAUAACACUGUCGUGGGGCUGAGCUUGGAGGCCAAGGAGCGUCUGGCUCGCGUGCGGCCGACGAGCAUCGGGGCAGCGAAGCGCAUGGACGGGAUGACGGCUGCGGCGAUUGUCUCGCUGCUGCGGUUUGCGAAACGAACACAUGGUCGUUCCUCAAAGUCUGGAUCAGAUGCAUUCAGCAUCGCAUGAGUGCAGCUUGGCUGAAGUGUGGCAUUCGGUUGACGAGAUCGUUGUGGUACACAUUCUCGUUGCAAGAAUGAUGCGAUAUUUUGGUAUUGUUACUUUGAUCUUUUAUGUAGAAAUCGGACCUGGAACAUCAACACCAUACCGCCGUUGCCGGGUAUCCCGUCCAUCACAGGAAUUUGUUUCGCAGCGACUGCGGCGCACACUAUAGUGCAGUGCCAUAUGUACAUUCACAUUAUCAAAAGUCCGGUUUUGUUUGUGGGCU